AUGUCUGAAUACCAUCACCAUCACCAUCCCCAUCAGCAGCAGCAGCAGCAACAGCAACAACAUGUGCAACGGGAUUGGAGUCAGCACGAGAGGGAGUACUACGCCUCUCUGUCUGAUCUGAGGACGUUUCAGCAACCUCUCCCUCAUCCGAAUCAUCACCACGGCCAGUAUCCGUACCCUUCACCAAUCGGCGAAGGUCCUCGAGGUUACCUCGCAGGCCCUGCAGGCACCUUGGUGGCUCCAAGCACCCAAGGACACCCGCAGACUGCCGAAUUCGGCGGAACUCGGGACAUGAGUCCAUUGGACUCUCCCCUCUUGACUUCGAUCAACGCUUUACCUAGCCUGCCCGCCGCUCCUGCUAUCCCUCCGGCCCAGGCUGCAACUCCUACCUCUGCUCCUGGCAACCCUCCUGCCAACCAGAACGUUUGCUGGUAUGAGUGGAUGGAGGAUCUCCUUGCCGACCUCCUUGUUGCGGAGGUGAAGGUCACACGCAACAAGGUCACCAUGGGCAUGCCCGUAUUCUCCAAGAUUGCCAACCUGAUCAAUGAAGCGAUGGACGCUCGAACCGACCCCACGCCCAAUGGGAGAUUGGAUGGUAUCAAGGUUAAGAACAAGACAGGAAUCUUGACGGCAGAAUUUUACAAGCCUCUCGAGCGGAUGAGGAAGAGGUCGGGCUGGGGUUGGGAUCACCAGCUGCAUCGUCCCCUUGUUGAUGACGAGGCGUUCGAAGACUACGUCAAGCACUGGAUCGGGACCCCAACCGUGUCUCAAAUCAGAUGUCUGCGAGACAAUGGAUGGCGGCUCUACCCCAAGUGGAAGAUCAUCCGUGAAGGUCAUGGAGCUACGGGUGAUUUUGCCUUCCGGGGUGGAGCUCCGAUCCCUUCCCAACCCGAACCUCCUGCCGGAGCGACGACGGUCCAUCUCAACGAGCUUUUCGAAGUCAUCAAAGUUCGAUCUACCCCUAUCGCCCCUCAACCACCCGUCCCUGAUCAACCACCUGCCGCACCGCUCCGCCGAGAGAGAAGGUUCCACAUCAUGCCCAACGCUACGAACAUCAACAUCCCUCCAUUCGGGGGCGAGGACUUCGCUAGUUGGCUCAAGUCCUUCCAAACCGCGAUGUUGAUGAUGGAUUACGAGGACAACGCAGCCAAACAAGCUAAGUUCUUCGCUAUCAGCUUGGUAGACGGAUCGGUAGCUGCGCAGUGGUACCAAGGGCUCGACGACAACACAAAGGCGGACUGGAACCUGAUCUUGGCCGCCCUUCGAAUCAAAUUCGGCCAGUCCGCAGACGACCGUCACGCUGCGUUUCGAGAGCUCGUCAGUCUGAAGUUGCCGGACGAAGACGUGGGGAAGACCAACUCGGAGGAAGUUCAGAAGCAGGGAGUAUGGGCCAGGAAGGUAGCGGUGUUGGCCACAAGGGCAGGACCGGACGAAUUCAACAACAACGCGUUCUUGGUCUUCAAUAACGUGGGCCCGCAGCUCCAGUCUAUCCUCGUCAGCGGAGGUGCUACCGAAACCGUGAAAGCGAUUACGACGAAGGUCGAGACAAUGAGCCCGGCGGAGAUCGAGACGCUUCAGCGAACGGUGAAAAAGGAACAAGACGCUACCGAAUGGGCGAAACGACUAGCCGCGAUCGAGGGACAGAUGAGAGAAUCGAAUCAGAGACCCCUAGCCCAACAACCGUCGUGGAACUCGUCAGCCAACGCAACCAGCAAGGAGUCCGAAAAGAGCAACUGGAGGAGCCGACAGGACAGAGAAAACGCGCCUCCCAUCGAGCUAGGACCGUUCCCAUCGACUCAAAGCGGAGUCGAAGCCUACAAGAGGGCGGUCAGCGCAUUCUACUCCAAGCACGGGAUGAACAGCACGUCGAGUCUGAGCAAACCGUUCCCGCUUUCCCCUGGCACCGUGCCGGCCGGUAACAACGAAUGUUUCAACUGCGGGAAGACCGAUCAUCUGAGGACGAACUGUAGGGCACCGGCGGCUCUGCCUUUGAACGAACAGAGGUAUCGAGGACUCGUGAUGCAGCAAAGGCGAGCGGAAGCUCAACAAGGUCUCGGCACCGGUUCGAACCUUCAACAACCCCUACGAGCGCUCGGGUACCAAUCCCCCUACAUGUUCAACGAGCACGACUACCUCUUCUCCCACUUACAACAUCUUCCCAUCACCCCCGAUCACUCGCCCAUGUCCUUGCCUUCCGAAUUGUACGGUUCGGAAAAUGGCCAGGACUCCGACCAGUAG